AUGGCAAAAAAAAUGGCAAAAAAUGGCAAAAAAUGGCAAAAAAUGGCAAAAAAAUGGCAAAAAAAAAAAAUGGCAAAAAAUGGCAAAAAAUGGCAAAAAAAAUGGCAAAAAAUUGCAAAAAAUGACCAAAAAUGACCAAAAAAUGACCAAAAAUGACAAAAAAUGACAAAAAAUGACAAAAAAUGACAAAAAAUGACAAAAAAUGACGAAAAAAUGACAAAAAAUGACAAAAAAAAUGACAAAAAAUGACAAAAAAAUGACAAAAAAAAACUGACAAAAUUUUGCAAAUAA